UACAUUCUUGAUCUCAUUGUUCACUUCAUUACGCAACUUCUUAAAAUUAUUCCAAUGAUACCGAUCUUGCCUUGAAUGCUUUAUUAUAAUUUAUGCUGGAGGGACGUUUAAUUUCUACGAUGUCAGAGUGAUUUCAGUAUGUUUAUUUUUUUUAUUAUUGGAUAAAUGAUCUGCGUUAUGUUGAACAGCCAGCGCUUGUGGGACAUUGGAAAGAAGCUGGAAUAUACUUUUCAAUACUCUCUGUGUAAAGAAAAAUGAGUAGCAAAACGAAAGCUUAUUUCUUUCUUUAGCGUACUUGUCUGUUUACAAAGUGCGACAGUAGUUUGUCGACAGAAACUGUACUGACUGUUGACAGAAAACUGUGUUGGCUGAACUUGAUCGUUGGACAACCAUGGAUGAUCACGAGUCUAACACAAGACAAACUAAAGUUGACAGUUUAUUUGGCUUCUUGACUGAUAUUAGUACGAAGCUGUCUUCUUCUCUUCCACUAUGAAGCUGUCUGCUUCUGAAAGACAUUCAAUGUUCACACGAAAGGUGGUUUAGUAUAUUUAACGACUAAAGAGAACAGUAUUUACCGAUUUUGAUCCGGUAGCAUAAAAUAGAAGUAUGUCGAGCGAAGAGUCUGUUUUGGAGUCGUUGAUCAACAAUAUUUCAGCGGCCGAGAAAAACGCUCAAAACAAUACUCGCGAAGAGUGUCUUGUGGGCGAUUCCACAGUUGAAACGGUCAUAAAAGCCCUGGCUUACUUCAUCAUUCUCAUUGUUUCGUUAGUUGGAAAUAUCUUACUUAUCCUUGUCAUUCACAAGAACAAGCAGCUGCGAAAAUCCAUCAACUACUUUGUUUUCAACAUGGCCGUGUCUGACCUGUUCAACCCAUUGACCAUCAUGCCGAUCAGAAUUGCUCAGAUCAUUUCAGGUUCUGGUUCUUGGAACGUUGACAGCCCAUGGAUACUGGGAAACAUUUUGUGCAAACUUUCGUACUUUCUCCCUGAUGUUUCUCUUGUUGUUUCCAUCGAAAGCCUUUUGUUGGUAUCAAUGGACAGGUUCGUGGCUGUUGUUUUCCCACUGAAGGCCAAACUUAUCUCGCCAAAAGCUCGGUUAAUCAGCAUUGGGUGUGCGUGGCUUGUAGCCAUUGCUGUCCACACACCUUAUUUCUACACUUUCAGACUGCUCCACAUCGAGAAUAAGACAUAUUGUAAAUCAGACUGGGGCCCGUUAGAAACCCACACUGAGAAGAGGUAUUUCGUGGCAAAUUUCAUCGCUUUUAUCAUUAUUCCAGUUUGUUUGUUAGCCAUGAUGUAUGGCUUCAUUGCAUGCACCUUAAAAACGAAGAACAAAAAAUCCAAAGAGCGGUUGUCUUCUGGCCAAAGAAAGCGUGAUCAACAACUCAAGAAAAUUGUCCGAUUGUCAGUGGCCAUAAUUAUUGCCUUCGGUGUUUGUACAAUUCCAGUGCUUGUGUUUACAUUCACUCUAAUUUUCCUGUGGAACUGGAAAGUACCAGCCAUUUGUGCAUAUCACAAUGUGAUUCCAUUCAUAUGCCUCUUUAUGCUACAUUUAUGGAGCGCGGUGAAUCCUUGUAUUUGUUUUAUCUUCAACAAGAAGUACCGGAACGGCUUUCAACAAAUACCAUCACUUCUCAACAACUGUAGGACAUCAGCGGAGGAAGAAAGCCGUCGCAUGCCAACUGGGGCGACUUCUAUCUAUGGCAAACGUUUGUCGAAAACGAGUGCGGUGUGACUGAUCGACAGAGAACAGAAUCGCACCUUUGUCAAUCUAUGUCAGGCCUUUUGCUGCAAGUAGCAUUUAAAUUAGUUCCCCAUUUUACAUCUUUCAAGAAAUGUGUCGAAAUAGUCAAUAACUAUGGCGCGCUGAACAUUAAUUGUAAAUAAGGAAUGCAGAAGCCUGAUGGGAUUUAAUUUAUGGCCUGACACUGGCUGACAAUUGAAUUUAGCACUGGCUCAUUUCGUUGGUCAAGGGCAUUUUGUUCUCUUAUCAAGCUUAACACUACUCGAUAACAUUGAUAGCCGUUUUAUCUUGUAAUUAACGUUUUGUCAUCAGCAUUUGAUCAAGCAAAAAGAUAGUUAGAAUCGUGACUUUUGCGAAAAAAAUACAGUCGAACCUCCGGUAAGCGUAUACGGGAGGUGGUCGCUUACGAGAACUUAGACC